UUUCAAGAGCUUCACCGUAUAUUUUCACUAUGAAUAUUAUUUUAUCUGCUGCAAAGCUCGUGCAGCUGGCCGUGCUUGGGUGUGCUGGUUGCCUGCUUCUCCAGUCGCUUUUCAUGAGCACGCAAACAUCACAGUCUUUUGAAUACGAAGCUAAGAAUGCCACCGAGAGCCUGGCGAACCGGUACCCCAUCUUUGAGAAGCAUUUGAGCCUGGAUUUCACGGAUACUACUUGGACGUUUAUGUGCCUUUUCAUUCAAAAGGCUGGGCACGACCCGCAUCUGCUUGUUAGCGAGCAUAAGGGCAAGGGUAUCAAAGCCCAUUGCGUUUCGAACACAACAUUCAUGGAUAAUGUUAAAUGCAACAUCAUCCGCAGGCAGGCAUUCGGAGAGCGUGAAUACAGACAAGGGGACCGACUAUUUCAAUACGUCUGUUGGUAUCAAUAUGGGGGUACGCGGAGCUCUCGCGAUUUUAAGAAGGAACGAAGAUCGUCCAUUCAUGCCUCAUAUCCAAGUCGAGUGUCUCAACAGCUAUCUACCUUGCGCUCUACCCUCUCUACUUUGCCUCGGCCUGGUCGCCCCUGUUCGGUAGAUUUGUUCUGUUGGAAACCACGCGGGUUGAAUACUGCUUUUCUGAAUGCGUACACACCUGGUGGAGAGUGGCAACGACCAAACCAGGGACAACGACAAGGACGGCGAACCCACUGCAAUCUACCAAGGAGAAUGAAGGCGCGGAAGCGGAGAGCACCUACACUAAAAUCCGCUUCAUCAGUGUUCAGACACUUUCUCAUGGGUGCUUUUGGCGUGUGUCUCUGGAAGCUAUGAUGCUUCAUAUCUGUCGGAGGCUGAGUGGAACUGGGCUCGCAUCUUUUCCGGGGGCUUGGGUUGUUUCCUUCGUCGCCUUAUCAGGUGGGCUCCUGCCGCCUAUUUCAUCCCGACUGUCCUCAUGGUAUUCAAGCGCAAGUCUACCACACAUGUGCCAAUUAUGUACCACCUCCUUCGCGUGAUUGAGUUUGUUAUAGUCGGAUUGGUUUGCCUCUACGAAAUACCCGAGGUGCUUGACCCUAAGUAUCUGGCAUUGUGCAAUGUCGUAAACAGCAUCAGUAGCAUUGCCUUAGUUAUCCAGUGGAGAGUAUACAAUAAAUUCCUGAGUGGCGCUAUUAGCGCACACAUA